UGACACGCGCGAUAAUUCAAUCUGAUAAACAGAGUAUCAAUACGUCGACGUAUUCUGGCCGCUGUAGUAACUCAUCAGUUGCCCUCAGGAUCCCACGAGGAAUGCAUGAAAGAUGGGUUCCGAAUCUGUGAAGACUUUGAUUUAUCUGUUUAUAGUGAUUCAUGCUAAAUUUAUUUGUCACUGCGAAUCACAGAAACCUGGUAACGUAUCGAAUUCUAUUGAACAAAGUGGCAUAGCUAGUGAUGAGGAGCGGUUUAUCGUCAAGAAAUUUACUGUUCCGGUCGAUCAUUUUAAUUUCCGUUUGAACAAAACAUUUGAGAUUAGAUAUCUCGUCAAUGACACGUGGCAACAUGGGAAAAAUUCGCCAAUAUUUUUAUACACUGGAAAUGAACUCUACAUUGAGGACGCCGUUGGAUCUGCGGCCUUCAUUUACGACAUUGCGCCGACAUUCGGCGCCCUGAUUGUCUUCGCAGAACACCGUUAUUACGGUGAGUCACUUCCAUUCGGAAACGAAUCAUUUUCGAAUCCGGAAAACUGGGGCUACUUGACCUCCCAACAAGCUCUCGCCGAUUAUGUCGAUUUGAUUGAGUUCCUUCGAUCGAAUUCCUCAAUGAAACACAGCCCGGUGAUAACUUUUGGGGGUUCAUAUGGAGGAAUGCUGAGUGCAUGGAUCCGCAUGAAAUAUCCUCACGUUAUUCAAGGUGCGAUAUCAUCAUCAGCCCCAGUGUUCCAGUUUCAUGGAAUACGUGACUGUGAGCCGUAUUUUCAAGUUGUAACGUCAACAUUCGAAGCCAUUGACUCUGAAUGUCCUAAACUGAUCCGUGAAACGUGGGGAGCGAUCGACAAUAUAACAUCGACAGAUGAAGGCCGAAAAUGGUUGUCAGCACAAUGGAAGCUGUGCACUCCUAUAACAAAUAAAAUCCAUAUUGCCCAAUUGAAGAGAUGGUUACAGCGUCGUUACACAUCUCUCGCAAUCACGAACGAUCGGCAGUCCACGCCAUCAUAUUCAGAGAAGCAAAUCAAUGAAAUCUGCACACAUCUAAAGAACGCGACCGAAGAUUCCGACAUUGGAAUUUUAUCGGCAUUAGGAUUAGCGGUAAAAACCUUCAAGUAUUUCAACGAUGAAUGCAUCAAUACAGCCGAUGAACCAAUCGUGGACCAGCAGUGGACGUACCAGGUGUGCACAGAGUUGGUGAUCAACCUUUGUACAGACGGUGUGCGGGAUAUGUUCAACCCUGAGCCAUUUAAUUUUGAAGAAUUCUCCGAGGAUUGCCAGAAAAAGUUUGGUGUCACCCCUCAGCCAGGACUGGCCUGCAAGAUCUACGGAUGCUCCGACUUCAAUGCAGCAAGUAAUAUUGUGUUCAGUAAUGGGUUGUUGGACCCGUGGCAUGUGGGAGGUGUUCUGAGGAAUGUUUCUGAUUCGGUGAUUGCUGUGAUCAUCCCUGAAGCAGCGCAUCAGUUCGACUUGGCAGGAAGUCAUCCGCAGGACCCAAAAUCUGUCAUUGAAGCCCGCAACAUUCACAAAACUUUCAUCUCGAAGUGGAUUGAAGAAUAUCGUGAAAUGUCCAAGAGCAUUUCAUUAUAGAGUGAUUGUUUAAGCGAGAAAAUAAAGAAAGAAUGACUGAGAAGUAUCGAGAUGCAAUAUCUUGUUAAUGAUGUGUGAUAACGUGGAGAGAAUCUUUAUAUAUUUCCACAUUUACCGUGUCUUUUAAUUUUCAUCCUCUGCAAAUGUAACUAUGUAGCUGUGGACUUUCGCAUACAUCGAUUAAUCCCCACGUCAUGAGCGUGAUAAAUGUAAUUGAUUGGCUAUUCAUCUUCCAGGAUUUUAUGUAUGAGACAUUGCCGCGACCUUCGGAGUUCUGAUUGUCUUCGCAGAACAUUAAUACUAUGGUGAGUUGCUUCCAGUGGGGAACAGACGGCUUUGAUAGCGUAAAACGUGGGGUUCUUGACUUCUCAUCGGUUGCCCGAUACGAUUACGUUGAUUUAAUAGAAUUUCUUAGGUCAACUUCUUUGUUCUACUGAGUUAUAAAUUAGAACAAUUUACUGUAUCCUAAUCUGUAGUAUCCACAUGACACUUACGUGGUGUGACAUCGACAAUUUUUAAUAUUACAUCCGUGAUUAUCAGAGUCCUCGAAAAGGCUUCGGGAUAAUUUUGCGAAAAUGUCAGGACUUCCUUUUUACUUCAGUUAAAGGAAGAGAAUUGUUAUCAGCUGAAUAGAAACUAUGUAAGCCGAUUAAGAAUAUGGGUGAUGUAGAACAAUUGAAAAAUUGGCUGAGCUCCAGCUGUACGACGUUAGCAAUUAAGAAUGAUCCGUAUCCUUCAGGAAAAUUACCAGCUUAUCCAAUUAUUGUAAACGAUAAAGUUCAGCGGAUUAAUAAAUUGAGUCUUGAAUAA